CAGGCUACUGGUGACUACAUGGGUGUGCCUCUGCGUGACAAGAAGGUGCACUGUGAUCGGGCUGGGCGAGGCGGGCCCCCGCUGGUCCUGGGCAUCGAUUUGAGGACAUUGGGGAGCAGUUUGCAGCUGUCAGCCUGGACAGGACUCUCCAGUUUGGCCACAUGUCUGUCACAGUGGAGAGACAGAUGAUCCAGGAAACCAAGGGUGACACGGUGGCCCCUGGGGCAGAGGGGCUGCUCAACCUGCGGCCAGACGACUUUGUCUUCUACGUCGGGGGUUACCCCAGUACCUUCACGCCCCCUCCCCUGCUUCGCUUCCCUGGCUACCGGGGCUGCAUCGAGAUGGACACGCUGAACGAGGAGGUGGUCAGCCUCUACAACUUCGAGAGGACCUUCCAGCUGGACACGGCUGUGGACAGGCCUUGUGCCCGCUCCAAGUCGACCGGGGACCCGUGGCUCACAGACGGCUCCUACCUGGAUGGCACUGGUUUUGCCCGCAUCAGCUUCGAUGGUCAGAUCAGCACCACCAAGCGCUUUGAACAGGAGCUGCGACUUGUAUCCUACAGUGGGGUCCUCUUCUUCCUGAAGCAGCAGAGCCAGUUCCUGUGCUUGGCCGUGCGAGAAGGCAGCCUCGUGCUGCUGUAUGACUUUGGCGCUGGCCUGAGAGAGGCUGUCCCACUGCAGACCCCACCGCCCCUGACCUCGGCCAGCAAGGCGAUCCAGGUGUUCCUGCUGGGGGGCAGCCGCAAGCGUGUGCUGGUGCGUGUAGAGCGGGCCACGGUGUUCAGCGUGGAGCAGGACAAUGCUCUGGAACUGGCCGACGCCUACUACCUGGGGGGCGCGCCACCCGACCAGCUGCCCCCGAGCCUGCGACGGCUCUUCCCCAUGGGAGGCUCAGUCCGUGGCUGCGUCAAAGGGAUCAAGGCCCUGGGCAAGUAUGUGGACCUCAAGCGGCUGAACACGACAGGCGUGAGCGCCGGCUGCACCGCUGACCUGCUGGUGGGGCGUGCCAUGACUUUCCACGGCCACGGCUUCCUUCACCUGGCACUCUCGAACGUGGCGCCCCUCACUGGCGACGUCUACUCCGGCUUUGGCUUCCACAGUGCCCAGGACAGUGCCCUGCUCUACUACCGGGCGUCCCCGGAUGGGCCAUGCCAGGUGUCCUUGCGGCAGGGCCAUGUGGCCCUACAGCUCCUGAGAACUGAAGUGAUAGCUGAGGGGGGCUUCGCCGAUGGUGCCCCCCAUUACGUCGCCUUCUACAGCAAUGCCACAGGGGUCUGGCUGUAUGUCGACGACCAGCUCCAGCAGAUGAAGCCCCACCGGGGAUCACCCCCAGAGCCCCAGCCGCAGCCUGAGGGGUCCCCGAGUCUCCUCCUGGGAGGCCUGCCUGAGCCUGACACCCUUCACUUCAGUGGCUGCAUAAGCAACGUCUUCGUGCGGCGGCUCCUGGGCCCACAGCGCGUAUUCGACCUGCAGCAGAACCUGGGCAGCGUGAACGUGAGCACGGGCUGUGCACCCAGCCUGCAAGCCCAGACCCUGGACCUGGGGCCUAGAGGACUGCAGACCGCCGCCCGGAAGGCUUCCCGCCGCAGUCGUCAGCCCACCCAGGACCCCGCCUGCAUGCUGCCCCCACACCUCAGGACCACCCGAGACACCUACCAGUUUGGGGGUUCCCUGUCCAGUCACCUGGAGUUUGUGGGCAUCCUGGCCCCACAUAGGAACUGGCCCAGCCUCUCCAUGCAUGUCCUCCCGAGAAGCCCCCGAGGCCUCCUGCUCUUCGCUUCGAGCCUGAGGCCCAGCAGCCCCUCCCUGGCACUCUUCCUGAGCAAUGGACACUUCGUCGCACAGAUGGAAGGCCUUGGGACUCGGCUCCGCGCCCAGAGCCGCCAGCGCUCCCGGCCUGGCCACUGGCACAAGGUCUCCGUGCGCUGGGAGAAGAACCGGAUCCUGCUGGUGACGGACGGGGCCCGGGCCUGGAGCCAGGAGGGGCCACGCCGGCAGCACCAGGGGGCAGAGCACCCCCAGCCCCACACCCUCUUUGUAGGGGGCCUCCCGGCCAGCAGCCACAGCUCCAAACUUCCGGUGACCGUCGGGUUUAGCGGCUGUGUGAAGAGACUGAGGCUGCACGGGAGGCCCCUGGGGGCCCCCACACGGAUGGCAGGGGUCACACCCUGCAUCUCGGGCCCCCUGGAGGCGGGCCUGUUCUUCCCAGGCAGCGGGGGAGUUAUCACUUUAGACCUCCCAGGAGCUACACUGCCUGACGUGGGCCUGGAACUGGAGGUGCGGCCCCUGGCAGUCACCGGCCUGAUCUUCCACUUGGGCCAGGCCCGGACACCCCCCUAUUUGCAGCUGCAGGUGACUGAGAAGCAAGUCCUGCUGCGGGCGGACGACGGAGCAGGGGAGUUCUCCACAUCAGUGACCCGCCCCUCAGUGCUGUGUGACGGCCAGUGGCACCGGCUGGCAGUGAUGAAAGGCGGGAACGUGCUCCGGCUAGAGGUGGACGCGCAGAGCAACCACACCGUGGGCCCCUCGCUGGCGGCUGCGGCUGGUGCCCCAGCCCCUCUGCACCUCGGGGGCCUGCCUGAGCCCACGGCCAUGCAGCCCUGGCCCCCCGCCUACCGUGGCUGCAUGAGGAGGCUGACAGUGAACCAGGCCCCCGUCACCAUGACUCGUUCUGCAGAGGUCCACGGGGCAGUAGGGGCCAGUGGCUGCCCAGCCGCCUAGGGCACUGCCAGCCCCGGCCUCUGGUCAGGCCCUUGCAGGUGACUCCUCUCACUGCCCUUUGUGCUCGCCUCAUAGGUGUUUACUGGGAUUCUAGGCUCUAUGGGUGACAGAUCUUGUUUCUGGAGAUGGUUUAAGUUAUAUCUUUUUACAUGAAAGAAUAAAAUACUGCAAAAUGUUUUUAUACUUGGCCCUUCCACCUAUUUUUAAUUGUGAGAGAGUUGUAAUCACUGGUUCCUCCUUUAAAAAGUAACUUCUGUGUAA